UUAUCUCCUCUGUGGCUGUGGGCUCAAGAGGACGAACAUGCACCUGCUCUUUCCAUUAAAGUAACAAGCAGUGAGCAAUCCCAGGGAAUUCAUUUGUGAACCCUAUUGCCGCUUUUCAUUAUUAUCUUACAUAUAAUUCCCGAGAAGGAGGAUCACGAUUUAAGGAAUUUCCUUGCCAUGUUGUUCAAACUUGCGAUACUGGUGUCUCUCCUAAUCAGCUUAGCAGCAGGGGAUGAAUAUCCUGGUUUCAUCUACAAUGGGUUCAAAUCGGCUAAUCUUGUCCUCGAUGGUAUGGCUCAGUUCACUGCAAAAGGACUUUUACAGCUUACCAAUGAAACCAAAAUACUAAACGGUCAUGCCUUUUACCCUGAACCAAUAACUUUCAAGAACUAUUCAAAUGGCAGAGCCUUUUCUUUCUCUACUACCUUUGUUUUCGCUAUCCAUCCCGUGUACCCGACUCUUGCGGGCCAUGGCAUGGCUUUCGUGAUUGCGCCAACAAGAGGGCUCCCUGGUGCUCGUCCAAGUCAGUACCUAGGACUUUUUAAUGAAAGCAACAAUGGGAACGCCAGUAAUCACGUUUUCGCGGUGGAAUUGGAUACGGUCCUGACUGGUGAGUUUUUUGAUAUCAAUGAUAACCAUGUUGGGAUUGAUGUUAAUGGACUGCACUCUGAGAUAUCAGCUCCAGCAGGUUAUUAUGAUGAUCAAACUGGUGACCUUAAGAACUUGACGCUUAUUAGUAAUCAAAGAAUGCAAGUUUGGGUGGAUUAUAACGGUGAGGAGAAAGAAAUUAAUGUCAGUUUAGCGCCAUUCAAAAGUGGUAAGCCAAUUACGCCACUUUUGUCUUUGUCCCGUGAUCUUUCCUCUGUUUUUAAAACAACCAUGUUCGUUGGCUUCUCAUCAUCGCCCGGUUCUAUGUUAACAUCUCAUUAUGUUUUGGGCUGGAGUUUAAAGAUCAAUGGCCAAGCGCAGGAAUUCCUCCUCUCUCAACUUCCUAAGCUUCCCAGGAUCGGUCCUAAGGAGAGAUCAAUGUUUUUGGCUGUUGGGUUGCCUUUAAUUUCUAUAAGCUUAAUGUUAGCUGCGGUUACGGGAGUCAUUCAUUUGAUACAAAGGAAAAGAAAGUUCGCUGAAGUGCUUGAAGAUUGGGAGCUCGAAUACGGGCCUCAGAGAUUCAAAUACAAAGAUCUUUAUUUUGCCACCAAAGGGUUUAGAGAGACAGAGCUAUUAGGCAGCGGUGGAUUUGGUAGGGUCUACAGAGGCGUACUACACAACUCUAAACUAGAGAUUGCAGUAAAGAGAAUCUCUCAUGAAUCAAGACAAGGGAUGAGAGAAUUUGUUGCUGAAAUUAUCAGUAUUGGGCACCUACGUCAUCGGAAUUUAGUACAACUCUUGGGUUAUUGCCGGCGUAAAGGGGAGCUGCUUUUGGUGUAUGACUACAUGCCUAAUGGAAGCCUCGACAGGUACCUCUAUGACCAAUCAACGGUCACCCUGAAUUGGAGACAGAGAUUCCAAGUGAUCAAAGGGGUGGCGUUGGGUCUGUUUUAUCUUCAUGAAGGAUGGGAAAAAGUUGUUAUUCACAGAGAUGUCAAGGCCAGUAAUGUGUUACUUGAUGGUGAAUUUAAUGGAAGGUUAGGAGACUUUGGUCUUGCAAGAUUAUAUGACCAUGGAACUGAUCCACAAACUACACAUGUGGUUGGAACUCUUGGUUAUCUUGCCCCUGAACACGCUCGAACUGGGAAGGCCACAAGAAGCAGUGAUGUGUUUGCUUUUGGUGCCUUUCUGCUCGAAGUUGCUUGUGGCAGAAGGCCAAUAGAGCGACGAGCGCCCACAGAGGAAAUGGUUUUGGUUGACUGGGUAUUUGGUUUUUGGAACAAAGGUGCAAUUCUUGAAGCAAAAGAUCCAAAACUGGGAACAGAUUAUGUAGCUGAGGAAUUGGAGUUGGUGUUGAAACUUGGGUUGCUGUGCUCUCAUUCGGAGCCAGCAGCUAGGCCAAGCAUGCGACAAGUUGUGCAAUAUUUGGAGAAGGAUUCUCCUUUGCCAGAGUUAUCAGAUCUCGGAAUCUCAACUAGCGGUCUAGCAUUUGCUCAUCGGAAAGAUUUUGAUGGUUUUGUCAUCACAAAUUCAUCUUACAUGGGCCCAAGAGUCUCAACUUCUAUCGCAGAUUCGAUCCUUUCAGGUGGCAGAUGAUGGUUAAAAACAUUAAAUUAUGUGAACUUCUUUGAAGCAUUUUGUUAUUUCCAAAUAUGCAUGACUGCUGUAAAUUCCACUAUUCACUUCCACACGUCCAUCAAUUCUGACCUCAUAGGCUCUGAAUAAGGACUACCUGUCUUUGUUGAGAUCAGCUGUAACACUCCAAUUAAUUUGGUAGGCAACCCACUUGCGUGAAUGA